CUUAUGCUAGAAAUUUUAUCUAAACUGCUUAAUCAUGACAAAUAAGCCCCGUUCACAAGAGCAGAUUCGAGCGGUGGUGAAAACCGGUUCUUCCAACUUGUCCCAUUCACAUGGCGAAAAAGCAUUAACUGCUUCUCCGAAGGAAGGUAGAAUACUCCUACCUCUAUGGAGCAAGGCAAAUGGGGAUAUUUCCCAUGCUGCAUUGCGCGAAUCCGCGGUUAAUUUGUAAACAACAUGGCUGACGUUCAGUUGACUGCUCGGUGGACUGUCAGCGAAACAAUCGCUUUAAUUGAAAUCUGGGGGUGCGAUAGCAUCCAGAAAAAAAUGGAUGGAACAGUACGCGAUACUGAAAUUUAUAGACAAAUACAGAAAGAAUUAUCUGAUGCUGGCUAUUCCAGAAAUACGGUUCAGAUUAAAACAAAAGUAAAAGCGCUGAGACGAGAAUAUCGACUGCAGCGAGAUAAAUUAAGACUGUCUGGAGCUGGUGGAAAAAUUACUUUUCGAUUUUAUCAUGAAAUGGAUAAAGUUCUAGGUUCCAGAGAUGCCUCGAAUCCCGGCCUGAUAACGGAAACUGAGAUUCUUGGAUUGGAAGAGUCAGUUCCAUCUGAAAUGUUGAAUACUUCCGAAGAAAGUUUUGUGGUAGCUUUUGAUGCACAUGAAAAUAUGGAUCAUCAAGGAACUGAAAUGUAUGAACAGUCACAAGAGUGUUCGCCAAUUCCUCCAACUCCUAGUUCACAUUUUUCUUCAUUGAAUGGGCAACGUUCUUCCCGGCGACGGAAGAAAAAUCUGAAGGAUGUGAUAGAAAAAACCAUUGAAACAACUGUAGAUAAAUUUCUGCAAUUUGAAAGGGAAAUGGAAGAGAAGAUUUCUGAAGAAAAUAGAGUCUUCAGAGAAAAAUUGUUAGAUAUAUUAGAAAAAAUAGCGAAUAAAUAAAUAAUUUUUAACUUUGAAUUAUUAUUUCUUGCUAAAAUUCAGUUACUGUUCUAUAAAGUUUGAAAUCUUAAAUUUUGACCAUUGAACUUCAAGUUUUUAUUUUAUGAAUCACUUUAUGCAAAUAUAUGUGCAUAUUUUAGAUUUUUUUACAGAGUUAUUUAAGUAUUAUGGUACGUGUUACGUACAAUAAAUGUAGUAGUCAUAAAUUAAAUAUUUUUAUAAAUAACAAAGUAAGGUGUUAUGCCACAAUUUAUGUAUGUUGUAUAGGUGAUAAUUUUUUAAUUCGAACAUAUAUUUGCUGAACACAGUUUUCGUUUAAUAGACGCCUAAACACUUUUGUAAAAAUUUAAAACUUCUAAUGCAAAUUAUACCAGGAAUUCAUUUAAUUUAUUAACCAAAAUCAAUAAUUUGGUAUAUAAGAAAAAUAUGUACAUUUAAAAUUACAAGUUUUCAC